UUAACAAUGUUUCUUUAUAUAUCUUCUAUUACAUUGUGUUUAAGUUGUGGUGGUGUUUAUAGUGUCAAUUACACAUCUGGUAAAGCGGACAAGGCAGUUUUAGAGGAAUGUAAGAAUUUCAUCCCACACCUGAGUACAAAGCAACACAAGGGGGACAGGGGUCGUAUCGGAGUGUUUGGAGGUUCUGAAGAGUACACAGGUCCACCCUACUUUGGUGCGAUGGCAUCGCUUCGGACAGGAACUGACAUGGUCUACUUGUUUUGCGCUUCACCCGCAGCCAUCCCAAUAAAAUCAUAUGGCCCUGAACUCAUGGUACUUCCCUGCCUAGACUCGAAGCAUGCGUUCAGCAAAAUCAAGCCGUGGUUGGAACGUAUACAUGGUGUAUUAAUCGGGCCUGGCCUGGGGAGAAACGAAACUGUCGUAAAAAAUAUAGUGAAGAUGAUAGGCUUUUUGAAAGAAGACGUUAACAGUGCAAUACCGAUGGUUUUUGACGCGGACGCGUUUUACAUAAUGUACUCCAACCCGGAAUUGCUACAGGAAUAUCCCAAACAAGUAUAUCUCACGCCAAAUUAUGAAGAGUUUCGACAGCUAGUGUCAGUGGUUUUAGGCAUAAGCCAGAACAGUGUUAAUCCUCACGAACAUUUGAAGGCUCUGGCUGAAAAGUUGGGCCCCAAAGUGACAAUCGUACUGAAAGGCAAGGUGGACAAAAUAGCGCAAGGAGACAGUGUGGUGACGAGCAACAAGAUGACAGGGUCUCCAAGGAGGUGUGGGGGGCAGGGGGACAUGCUGGCAGGUUGUCUGGCAGCGCUGGCAGUGUGGCAGGAUAUGGCAGAGACAUGGAGACCUCAAGUACAUCUGACACAGGAGCAGAUAGUGGGCUACGCAGCCAGUGCCUUGCUCAAACUAGCCAAUGAGAUGGCCUACAAGGAGAAAGGUCGUAGUCUCAUUGCCUCUGAUAUCCUAUCCAAACUGCAUCCAGCUUUUGACAUUCUCUUUGACGAGUUAUAGACAUUGAUUACUAUGAGAGGAAGCCUUUCAAAGAAAUUCUAACUGAUGAGUGUGAUGUGUCUAAGAUGAAUGUGACAACCAGGAAGCAAGGUCGUAAUUGUACAUACUUUUUUAAUAACAUAA